AGCACUUUCUCGGUGGGACAUUUAAAUGGCAACAGGUGCGUAGCAACGGCGUCGGGGAAAUGAACGGACAACAGGCGCUUGGAUGAAACUGUCACCGUGACAAGCUGCCCUUUGAAUGUUUAGAAAUCAGAACUCGUCGGAAUUUCUGAUAACUUGAAGGAGUCAGGACAAAAUGAAUAACCUCUCGCCUCGCACGGAGUCAAACAGAACAAAACUACCGCCUCCAGUUCUACCUAAGCCCUUUGUGACAAGGAAUGGCAGAAAACUCAUAAAGGAUUUGACAAAUGCGCCAGCUUCGAUGAGACCAACAGCGUCAAAUGCUGACCACGGUGUGAAGAUCCUGCAAGGGCUGGAGCUCCAGCGAGGACAGGGGUUGCUGUGCGACACUACACUUGUCGCAGGAAAUUGCCGAUUCCGAGUCCACAGGGCCGUGCUGGCUGCAAGCAGCGGAUACUUCUGGGACCUGUUCAAUGGGGACAAGUCUACCGAGGGAGUAGACUUGAACAUCAGGGAAGGGGAGAGGGAGGAUAUAGUCUUAGAUAGAGUGGAGCCAGACGUGCUGGAGGGGCUUGUUCAGUAUAUGUACACUGGUUUGAUUAACCUGGAAGAUGUGAGCAUCGAUUCAGUUAGGAAGGCUCUAGGGAAAUGGAAGGAGUAUCGGGUAACUGGCUUAGAAAGAUCGUGUGUUGAUAUUCUUAGUCAGAGGUUGCAUGCUGAAAACUGCAUACGGGUUUAUCUCACAGCUUGCGAGAAUAACCUGGAGGGUGUGAGGUUGACUGCCGAGGAGCUCAUCAUCGAGAAUUUGAGCAAGUUGAUGACAGAGGACAGUUUCUUGAGAUUGGACUUGAAGGAUCUGUUGGUGCUGGUCAGCAGUCCUUAUUUAAAACUGAAAUGCAGGCUGGCCCUCCACAGCGCCUCGCAAAAGUGGCUAGACCACGAUGUAGACAGGAUGCGGCAUGCUGAAGAGGUCAGAGGUCAGGUGCUCAGCACCCCAUUGCGUCUUGUGCUGGGAGACACGACGGAGCGUGCGAAUGCACUGGAAAAUAUUCGCAAGUCCAUGAGUGGUGACAUUGACCAAGGGAUACAGAAUGGAACACGGGACAAUGCUUUGUGGGUUACGAGAACCCACCCAACCCAGCCUGUCAUACUGGCUUUUGGCGGGGAAGACAGACAGGGUUUGCCCUCAGAGAGGGUGUAUCAACUUCACCCAUCAUCAGGCUGCUGUGAGCCCUUCCAUGCCAUGCCAAUACGCCGGCUGGACCUUGCGCUGACAGCCUAUGGGGGUCAGGUCUUUGUGGCCGGAGGUCAAUACUCGUCGGAUUCUCAUGCCUCGGACAGCAUCGGCACGGUGCACUGCUUUGACCCCAAAACCGAGUCCUGGCGGCAGAUGCAUCCUAUGCUGAAACGGCGUGCCCUAUUUACGCUCAGCACAAUAGGGGAUCGUAUAUAUGCUGUAGGGGGGAAGAACGCGCAGGGGUCCCUGGCCAGCGUCGAGUGCUUUGACCCCGCCAUGAAUGAAUGGAGCUUCAUAGCUCCACUUGUCAUUCCGACCUUUGGGCAUGCCAGCGCUGUGCACGACGGCAGACUCUACACCACAGGAGGCGUGGUGAUAGGCAAGCAUUUCACCAACUCCCUGCAGUGUUAUGAUCCUACCACUGACAUUUGGAGUUACCGAUGCCCGAUGGGUACCAAGCGUGCCCUCCACAUGAUGUGCGCGGUCGGCGACCACUUGUACGUGCUCGGUGGAAACACAAGAAACGAACGUGGGAAGCGCAUAGACUGCGAUGUGGUUGAGCGCUAUAGCUUUGAGACAGAUCAGUGGGUGAGCGUUAAUCCCAUACCGAGGCCGGUUUGCCUAGCUGGGGUGACCUCUCUGGGACACCGUAUAUACCUAGUCGGCGGUUACAAUGGACGGCUGGCAAUGAGGCAUGGCGAUAUCCAGUGCUAUGACACCCUGAAGAACAAGUGGACGAGAAUCGGUCAACUGCCCGAGCCACUCAUGCGACUGAGCACGUGCACUCUAUCCCUACCCAUCAUGCAGCACGGCAAUGCUGGACAAUCUUCAGCCAAUCAGCGAAGCAGGUCUGGGUCAACCGGACACUCAGACUCGAGCAGCGAGGGCUCAGUCUGAGGUUUUUAUGAGUUAA